GUUUGCGUAGAGGGAAAUGCCGUACAUCCAUGAGAGAUCACCACCAUGUACGCCCCUGCGUCCUAUUCUAGAUGAUGAGUUCUGACGACUGUCAUUCCCGCGAAACCUGGACCAACUUUUCCUCUGAAACGAUGUGGGAAUAUAAUAUUUCCAAGCCAAUUCGCGAAAACAAUUCAACCAAAAGUGCCAACUGUGGAUCAGUGUCCGUGGCCUUUCCUAUAACUAUGAUGGUAACGGGAAUGGUUGGGAAUUCACUUUCACUGCUGUUAGUGUAUAGUUCAUAUAGGAAAAAGGAAAACAAACGGAAAAAAUCGUUCCUGCUCUGCAUUGGAUCAUUGGCAUUGACUGAUCUUUUCGGACAACUUCUCACAAGCCCGAUUGUUAUAUCAGUCUAUAGAGCUGAUCUGAAGUGGGAGCGCAUCGACUCCACUGGAGGACUGUGCGCGUUCUUUGGAGUAUGCAUGACAAUGUUUGGACUAUGUCCACUUUUCUUAGCCAGUGCAAUGGCAAUAGAAAGAUCUUUAGCCAUCACAAGUCCACACUGGUACUCCAACCACAUGAAAACAAGUGUCACAAAGCUGGCUUUGGCGAUCAUCUGGUGUCUGUUGUUGUUUUUCGCUCUGUUACCCAUUGCGGGAGUGGGACAGUACACGUUGCAAUGGCCAGGCACUUGGUGCUUUAUAAGUACCGGGGACAGGGACAUCCCAGGCAAUAUGUUCUUUUCCACCACGUUCGCUGUCCUGGGGAUAUUUUCAUUACUUGUGACUUUUGCCUGCAACGUUGUGACAAUCAGAGCGCUAGUCACCCGCUGCAGAACUAAGCCAGGGUCGUCUCAGUCGGCUAAGCAAUGGGAGAGGCUAACCACGGAGACUGUCAUUCAGCUUAUGGGGAUCAUGUGUGUGCUGUUCACCUGCUGGUCCCCUUUACUGAUAAUGAUGUUGAAGAUGAUAUCGACACAGACGUCCUCACAUCACUGCAAACCAGCAGCAGUAGCGUUUCCUCCCAGCAGAGACAUCCAGGUGGACUGCAACUUCUUUCUCACUGCUAUCCGCCUGGCCUCCUUGAACCAGAUCCUGGACCCUUGGGUUUACUUACUACUGAGAGAAAUCCUACUACGGAAAUUUUGCCAGGUGGCCAAUGCAGUCUCCAAUUGUUCUCUCGAUGGACAGAAGGAAACACAAGCAGCCCUUGAUGCCCUCAACAAGCAAGCCAUUGAUACCAAUGUUGCACCAAAAGAGUGACCAGACCAGGCAAAAUAUGGAAUAACUUGAUCUGAUUUUUUUUCCUCUUUAAGGCUUAGGGGUCAAAUUAAUCUAACGCAAAGCAUUUACUCAAAGAAAAGAAAACCAGCAGCAAGCCUGAGGCAUUAUCAACUUUUGUUGUAGU